UUCUGUAGUGCCAGCGCGGGAGACUGCCAGCAAUGGGAGAAGUUCAAUGGGCACAAACAAAGAGAAGAGCAAGGAGGUGGAGAAUUUCAGAAAUUGAGAAGGGAUAAGUGGAAGGAGAAAAUGUUGGGCUGGUGCCAAGCGAUAGCUCGUAACCCUCACAGACUUCCAAACAGCACAAGAACACCCGAGGUCUCAGGUGAUGCUUCACAUAACUCUACUUUGAAUGAAAAAUCCCCAGGGCGUUCCACAAGUCGAUCAAGUAAUAUUUCAAAGGCAAGCAGUCCUACAACAGGAACAGCUCCCAGGAGUCAGUCUCGGUUAUCUGUCUGCCCCUCCACUCAGGACAUUUGUAGAUCUACUACCUUGCAUGAUUUGUCAGAAGAUGAGCUUGAGCAUGCAACCCCUGUCAUGGUGCUGGCCCCUUCUAAUAGGGAGCUGGGUGGUAAGAAACUCAUAAAACGAAGGUUUAGGCGGAAAAAAGAGACUGGAGACAAUGGUGAGCACACAGAAAAGCAAGGAAAGGGGAGAAACUGUAAAUUGCAUCCUGAGCCUCCGAGAUCCAGCUGGAAUGCAUCUGAUUCAUCAUCAUCUUCGGAUGAGAGUCAGUGGGCUCAGGCUAGGAGGAGAGCAAGAGAAAAGGCCAGGAUGGCCAGGAGAGGGAGAAGAAAUAAUAGAUCAUGCAGUAACCAGGAUGGGUCUUCAAACGGUAAUGCUGUUGAACUUGUCACCUUGGGGACAAUGGGAAAAGAGAAACAAGAGGUGUCUGACCCUGAGAAUCCUACUUUAAAUCACCGCCGAAGAAUUUCGAGGCUUAAGGAAUCACAGUCUUCAGCAUCAUCUCAGGAUGCAAGGAUUUCCUCAAGAAAAUGUGGGAAAAGCAAAGGGAAAAGCUCCCACAGAGACCGGCAGCCUGUGCCUUUCCUUAGGCACACCAAGGACUCCUUUGCAGAGGCAGGCUCUGGCAGUGAUGCUCUGGCUGCCCCAGAUCAUGGGGCACCUGCUGGGGCAGGGCCCACGGUGCCUCAUGCUGCUCAGAAGCCUCCAGUGUUGUAUGAUGACUGGUCUGAUGAUUUAGAAGUAUGCAGGAUCUGUCACUGUGAGGGAGAUGAUGAGAGCCCCCUCAUCACGCCGUGCCGCUGCACGGGCACCCUGCGCUUUGUGCACCAGGCCUGCCUGCACCAGUGGAUCAAGAGCUCGGACACGCGCUGCUGCGAGCUCUGCAAGUACGACUUCAUCAUGGAGACCAAGCUCAAGCCCCUCCGCAAGUGGGAGAAAUUGCAGAUGACAACAAGUGAGAGGAGAAAAAUUGUGUGCUCAGUCACAUUCCAUAUAAUUGCAAUUACCUGUGUUGUUUGGUCAUUGUAUGUUUUAAUUGACAGAACUGCUGAAGAAAUUAAACAAGGCAAUGAUAAUGGUGUCCUCGAAUGGCCGUUCUGGACAAAGCUCGUUGUGGUGGCCAUUGGGUUCACAGGAGGCCUGGUCUUCAUGUACGUGCAGUGUAAGGUUUACGUCCAGCUGUGGCGCAGGUUGAAAGCCUACAACAGAGUGAUCUUUGUUCAGAACUGCCCAGACACCAUCAAAAAACUGGAGGAGAAAAGCUCUCCGUGCACUCAGCCCUCGGAGCUGAAGGACGCGGUGGUGGUGCCAGUGGCACAGACAGGUACAAACUCUCAGCCGGCGGCGGAAGAGGCGACGUCGGAGGUCAUGCCAGUUUGACACGGACAGCGCUGCUUCUCCCUCGCAGAGUAAGCCGUAGUGUCUGCUACACUACAAAUGCUACAAGAAAGUAGAAAUGACUGUGCAUUUUUUCAGUUUAAGAAGACCCCAACCAAACGACAAAAAAAAAAAAAAAAAAUACCCCAUACAAAAACCAAAACAGUACAAGGAAAAUGGAUCCAGCAAAGCAAUUUGUUACUGUAAGGAAUGUGACCGUUCGUGAUGUAAUUUCGCAACUAGUCAGCAAGUGUAGUGAAAGUGGAAGUGUAGAAAGUGCAAUAGAGAACAGGUUUAACAGACAAUGCCAAACCUAUGUAACAAUGUACUUUUUUUUUUUUCCUAACUGGGCUGGCUGGGAAAGUAGAAAACAGAAGUGACACAAUGAUUUUGUUUACAGAAGACACAAAACCUUUCAUCUGUUUACUACUAGAAGUUGUAUUUGCUAUUUACCUUUUCAGAGAUACACUUCAAAGGGUACCAAUCCAAGUAAUAUGCAUUAACAGAAUCAAAGUACAGAGAGCUGUACUGCAGCACUUCCUCUCUAUGCCUCGUACGGUAACACCUUCAUGUGACUGUAGAGGAGCCUGAAUGUCUGGGCAGCUGUGUCAACUAUGGAUAUUUGAACCAGUUGUUUUUAACUAUGGCUGGAUUUUUGAAAAGUAAGCAGUUCCAACCAGUAUAAACUCACAUUUCCAUAAGCUGCAGAUAGUUUUUUAUAAAUGUCAGGGAAGUAAGGAAGGACACAAUAUAUAGAUAUGCAUUUAGAAGAGCAGCUCUGCUGUUUAUUUUACUUUAUAGGAGUGAAUUAGGCAUAAAUUGGAUCCACAAGGUAUUGAGGCAGAAUUUUAAAUGAAAAAAAAAAGCAGUUUACUGCAGAAUUACACAGAAAUAAAUUGUCUGUUAUCAAAGGUCUGAAAAAGGAUGACAUACUGAAGAUGGAAGCAACUUUUGGUUUUAUUUUUUAAGAUCCAUGAUACAGAAAGGUAGAUGUAAUAGAACAUACCUACCUACAUAUCUUAAGAAAACAUUAGUUUUUAUCUCCUUGUUCUAAAAACCUAGUUUUUCUCUUCCUGACUGAAACAAACAGAUCAAUGGUUUCCUUCUGUACAUGUAAACUUAAGGUGUUAGAGAUUCGACAGUUCAGUUGUUAAUUUCGUGUUUUGAGCACUGGCAUAUAAAAAUGAAGUGUGAAUAGCAUUAAAAGGUGCAAUAGAUAAAUGAAUGUAGAUAUAAUCCUGUGUCCAACAGGGUGAAUUAUGUAUAAGGAACCAAUUUUGUGAUUCACUUUGCAAAACUGUGGUGUUUACUAUAAGGACACAAGAGCAAGUAUUGACUCGGAGUAGUUAUGUACUGGUGUGCACAAGUCUGGGGCCUGAACAUAAUGUGUAUUUUAAAAAGAAGUUGGAAGUUCUUUUUUUAAUCUUGUAUUUAAUAAAGGAGGAAAAGCAAAAAAGUAUAUAAAGAGGAAUGAGGACAGGAGAGUAGAGAUUCACUUAAAGGAGGGGUAUCUGCCGCAAUUACAAGAGAACUGGAGUUCUACAGAAGCCUUGAAGUUUCUACUGGUAAAUUUUCUCUUUAUACACUCAAAUAUUUACCGUGAAAUAACAGGUUCAUCCCAUCCUUGCAAAUACCCAGGCUUUAGGGGCUAAGAUGUAUUGGAAUUUAUAUACUAGGUAUUCCUUUGUGAAUGUUUACUGGCUUAAGGCUCAGGGAAUACUAGCAGUGUUAGCAAGAAAUGUGUCUUUAAUCAGAUCAUUAUAUUCUUUUGUACUAGAAUUGCUCUUGUAAUUUGGCUGUGACUAAGUGAUGGUUGUCUGGCUAGACAGGACACAAAAUCUUGGUGCUUUAAUGGGUCCUUAAUAUAUGUCAAUAUUUGCUGUCAGUUACUCCAGGUGAGUUGGAUUAAUGUUGAAGUUUUUUCAUGUAAUGGCACACACUUUUUAUAUAAAAUAAUUUCCCUACUAUACAACUGCAACUUCCAAUUGUAGCAGCUUCUUAUUUGAAACUACAUACAAGAGAACCAAAUCAUUUCUCCAUUUGAAAUUGUGGAGGAGAUUUCAGGUCUUCAGAGCAUGAUGACAUGACUAAGGAAUGUCUAGUAACUGCACAUGCUUAAGAUAGUCUGCAAUGGCAUGGUUUUCAAAAGCUACUCGUUAAAAGGUAACUCUCAUGAUAUCUGAUGUCAGACACAUAAAAUUACCAACUGCAUCUGAAUGUUUGGAAGGAUGUUUACAAUAAACCUCGGCAAAAUUUACUGACAAGGAACAUUAUUAUGAAAGAUAACUAAGAGCUUUCUGAAAUAAUAGUUUCUUAUUAAGUGAAAGUAACCCUGCUUCUUUAGCCAGCUUGUUCUCUGCAGUAGCAUCAUGACCCAUUGAAAGUACUUUAUCCCCUAUUUUGUCAGCUUACUGGAGAGUAAUUUGCAUUGGGGUUUUUUCCUUGAAGAAGUAUAAAAUUCACCUAGAAGAAGAAAAUGCCUGAAGAUUCUGAAAGCAGAACUGUAGCAUCCAACAAGAUUUUACAUUUUUUAAAAACACACUGAAGAGUCAGCAACAGAAAAGACAAUGUGAAAACUUUUAUAUUAAUGCCUUCAACGUCAACACUGUUCUGGCACUCAACCAUAUAUGCAACUGAGUUUACAGUUAAUUAAAUAAAAGAAAGCAGAAAGACUUCAGUUGAAAUUCCUCCUCUCCCUUGGAAAUACUGAAUGGGGACAGCAGGAAAAGGAGUAAAAUGGGACACUGAGACAAGUCACCAGCAAGAGAGAUUUCAGCUAGCUUGAAGAAGCCUUUAACCUUUUAAAGCAUUACAGUGUUAACCUGUGCAUCCCUUUCUCUUCUUAGAUGCACUGGAUUUUCUAGAGCUUUCAGGAAUUUCAUGGAGGAUUGGAAUUAGUUUCUGAAGCAGGGUGCAACCUCUUCAAGAGGGCAAGAGCUAUUCACACCACCAUGCCUUGGAUUCUGGUCUUCAGUAAUAAGGAAAGUACAUGGAUAGAGAAACUAGACAGAUCCUUAUCAACCAAUACUUUUUCAUUCCUAAAGUACAAUUUUCUGUAUUAAUUUAUUGACCACAGUAUUCUGUCCUGGAAAAAAAACCCCCCAAAACCACACAACUAAACAGAACAGUAUACUGAAGGUUUGAAGAUGAAGUCUAAAGACUUUUUAAUGAAGAUACCGUCUCAAAUAACAAACCAUAUCAAACUCCUAUGUAACCACAGUGCAGCUCUGGCAAAUAUGCUGACAACAGAAUUUGGCCUGGCUAAACCCACAAGGGCAGAACCUGGCUCUGAGCUGCCAUUAGCAAGAACAGCUUGUUCAACCUAAGUUUUAAUAAAGGUAGGUAGAAGUAAUUUGGUGUCAGGUCAGAUCUGGAAGUUUGAUCAAGAUACUCCUGUAUUCACUCCUGUGAACAUGCACAUUUCUUUUCCUGUGUUUAAGUUACAAGCAUUAUAAUGUUUAUUUCAAACUGGCAAAACAUACCACUUUUGACUAUCAGUAGCAUUACAAAGAUUCUUGACUAGUCCAACUGUGCCAUUCACACACUGCUCUAUCUGAAGGUAGUGUUUAUUUUUGUUGUGUAGAAAAAAUAAUUUCCCAUCUCCAGAACAAACAGUUUAUAAUUUCCAAUAAUGCAAUGAAACUUACUCUGAUGAAAGUAUUUUACUGUGUAUAAUAUUCAAAACUACAAGUUUGUGUUAUUUGUUUAAAUCCCUCUCUUUUGCAAAAGAAAAAGUGUAUGUUUUUGUGGGUGAAUGUGUACUGGAAGACAGAAGGUAAGGGAAACAAAAGUAAUGUAUCUGCUUAAUGUUGUGAAAAAAUGUAUUUGUAUUAAACAAAUUACUCGAAGUACUG